AGCGCCGUUCCCACCGCACGCCGCGUGCUGCAUUCUCUGCUCGCAUCGCCUCCAGCGGUUCGCUCGGCUGUCGUUCGGCAUUGCUACGAAACCAGCAUCGUGACGAGAUCUUUGGCGACGAUAUCAGCACGCGAACGCGCGGAUGAACGCAGAUUUUGCUCCGGCGCUCAUUCUCACAACUCCACGGCAGGAUAUAGAACACCCUCGUAUAUAUCCGGCGCUCGUUUCCAGUCGUCCAGUCCGAUUCUUACCUCAGCGACACCACCCGACUCAACACCACCAGACUCUCCGAAGCAGAAAUCCCGAGCAGGUCGUUUUCUGUUCACGUCGACACUCUUCAUUCUGUCCCUUGUUACCGGCGCCGCAAUGGCAGCAGCCCCAAGCCUGGAUGCCGUCAAUGGCUUCAUGAAGCCUCCCACCGACGCCGAGACUCUCCACCUAUACGAACCAGAUACUCCCACGGCUGCAGAGAUCAACGAACACAUUGUCAAUCACCCUCUCGCACAAAGGCUGCGAGCACAAGAAGGAAUGCGCGAGUCAAGACCCCAUUUGAAGAUCCCACCUGCGAUGCGCCCUCACAACCUGACAGGCGGGACAUUACUUGGAGAUAACAAGAUUGAAGUGCCGCCGCUCAACUUCAGCGAUGCAGAUGCAGAGCUGCCCACUCUGACCCAGAUCGCUUAUCUAGGGUCAGGGCUGUGUGGGCAUCCUGGCAUUGUGCACGGAGGGUUGCUGGCUACACUGCUUGAUGAGGGAUUAGCAAGAGCAUGCUUUCCAGCGUUGCCGAAUAAAGUUGGAGUCACUGCGAGUCUGAAGAUUGACUACCGAGUCCCAUGCCCCGGGAACAGUUAUGUGGUACUCAAGGCAGAGACAACAAAAGUCGAAGGCCGUAAAGCGUGGGUGAAGGGUUGGAUCGAAGUUCUAGGCGAAGAAGAUGGAACUGGCACCAAAGUUGUGGAGGCCGAGGCCUUAUUUAUCGAGCCUAAGCAGGCUAAGCAGAUGGCUAGAGUGUACAGCACGCAAUAG